ACACAGCCCUGCCGCGCUGCCAGCGGGGCUGAGUGCCCGCCACCAGAGUUCCUCCAUUCUUGCUCUCACGAGGCUCCUGAAAGGGGUCCGCUGCGCGCAGGAAUCUCAACAGCAGUUCAGAGCACAAAAGCAGAGCCACACAAAGCGGGAUCUCGGAAAAUAAAAUAAACAGCGCUUUCUUUUCAAAAGGAGAAACUCCAGCAUUAGGGCCUCUCUGAAUGGGACCUCAGCGGGCUGCUUUGUGCUCGUUUUUUUUUUCUGUUUUCUUGGACAAGCUGGUCUGAAUCAGAUUAAGGCCCAGGCUAAGAGCGGGCAGCGAAUCGGUGAGAAAAGCCCACAGAACAAAGCCCCAGCGCCUCUCGUCCUGGCGCCCCGGGGGCUCGUGUGUGUCCUGCGGGCCGCUUCCCACCUCAGAAACGGGCGCUGCUGGGGGAGUGGCGGUCAGGAAGUCGACAGCGUGACAGAGGAACGUUAAACCGGCCAGCAGCGCACGGCAAGCCCUGACACGCUCAUGGGCCGGGCUGGCAGGGCCCUGUGUACAAUGUGACCUGCAGGGGAGUCUUGUUCCAGCCUGUCGCUAUGCUGCCCGCAACCAACCAGCCAGCCUGUCGCUAUGCUGUCCGCAACCAACCAACCGAUCAACCAAUCAAUCAAUCAAUAGCUUCAGGAACUUCUGAGGUGAAUGAAAGGCGGUGGGACUGAUGGGAAGGCUCCCGCUGGGUUGCAACUACAAGAGGAACAUUUUUGCUAUCGUUCACCCCCCGUCUGCCCCCCUGCGCCGGCCGUGUCGCGUCCCGGGUGGUGAGCAGGACCCUUCAGGCUACGUGCGGACGAGAUGGACCGUGACACCUGCUGGGGGAGUGAGACACAGAUUGGUGCUGAUAACCCCGCCUUCGACAGGCCUGGAGAGGACGAGGGGGACCUCGGCCAAUCGGAGCUGCUGCCGUGUUUGAAAGGGGAGGAGCUUCCCGUCCCGCCCCGCCCCGCCCAUCGCUGUCCAGGUUCUGCUGACCCUCCUCUUGCAUCAUCAGAUGGGCGCCACAGCAACGAGUGUCAGAGCUCCGCCGCCACGCCCCUAGCUGCCGUUGCCAUGGAGAUGAAGCAGCCAAUGAUGCUGGAGACCAGCAACCCGAGCUCCGCCCCCGAGGGGGAUGACAUGCAGGAGAAUGGCCUGCUGAUUGGGGGGGGUAUGGGAGCCCCCCAAGGGGACGAGAAGGGACAGGCAGGGGAGAAACUGUGCACAGCCACGGGGCAGGUGUCAAACGGAUACCCUACGUCACCCCAGAGCCCGGGGGAGGUGGGCACAUUAGGGGGGAGCUGCCCCAGGAUGCUGAUGGUCCAGCAGACAAGCUCUGUCAUCCCCAGAGAGACCUGGAGCAAGAAAAUGGACUUCCUGUUGUCGGUGAUUGGCUACGCUGUGGAUCUGGGCAACGUGUGGCGGUUCCCUUACAUCUGCUACCAGAAUGGAGGAGGUGAGAGACAGGGCUCUGGGAGAGGGAGACAGCAGGGUGGGAGCGCCGAGAGAGGAGAGUUUUCAUGUACAACAUCUCUGUACACGAAAGUCAGGGUUGCAAUUGCCAUGAGUUUCAUGCCUCUUCCUCUGCCUCUGCGGCCCCCCCUCAGGGACGCCUUGGUGACCAGCUCCGUCAACUGUCUGACCAGCUUCAUGUCGGGGUUCGUGAUCUUCACCGUGCUGGGCUACAUGGCGGAUAAGCGACAGCUGGAGGUGGCCGAGGUGGCCAAGGACGCAGGCCCCAGUCUGCUCUUCAUCAUCUACGCCGAAGCCAUCGCCAACAUGCCGGCCUCCACUUUCUUUGCCAUCAUCUUCUUCCUCAUGAUCAUCACGCUGGGCCUGGACAGCACGUUCGCAGGGCUGGAGGGCGUGAUCACAGCUGUGCUGGACGAGUUCCCACAGGUGCUGUCCAAGCGCAGGGAGUGGUUUGUCCUGGGGCUCGUCUGCGUGUGUUACCUGGGUGCCCUGUCCACGCUGACCUACGUGAGUGCAGGGUGUGGGCGCAUGGGGGGUGAGGGGGGGACCCCACCAGAAACAGCAGUGUUGGGUACCGGGGGCCCUACGCUAUCAAUCAUUUCUUCACUGCUCUUCCUCUGCCAGAGUCAAACUCGGGUGUGUGGCUCAAUCUCUCACCCCCUCCUGCCCCUCUGCCCCUCUGCCCCUCCUCUCCAGUUCAUUAUUUGCAGCUUCCUGUUCUUCCCUCCGGAGCUGAAGCUGUUUAACUACACCUACCCGCCCUGGACCACCGUGCUGGGCUACUGUAUCGGGGUCUCCUCCUUCAUCUGUGUCCCUGUGUACAUGGUGUACCACCUCAUCACCACACCCGGGACCUUCAAACAGGUCAGCGCCCCCUGCUGGCAGCCCUCGGAAACACCUGUGCUGACAUUCACUAUUCACUAGACCUGGAGUCUCUGGCCCGGGAAGGACAGUUAACGGAUGCCAUUACUGCUGUAGAUCAGUCCAGGUUACCAUCAGCAUCAUAGAUCCUGUUUGGUGAGCCUUGUCCCAGACACAGGGCACCAUUCCCGACAUCUGUAAUGUUACUUGCAUGUGCGCUCAAAUUCCCUCAAAGGGCACGUCUGCAAUCCAGCCCCAUUCUUGCAGAGCAUGAGGCCCUGGGCACGAGUCUUGUGAUGCACAAGGAGCUCACUAAUUUCUCACUGGGCCCCGCCUGGAGCAGUUGCUAACCACUGUGGAGUCCCCAGUCCAUCACAUCGCUCCCCAUAAUCAGCAGUGCACAGAUGUGUCCUGUCGCAACUCUGUGUUGAUAAUUCGCAAACAGAGGCACGAAACCACCCCUGCGCCCUUCUCUAUCAGAGCAGCCAGCUCAUAAACGCUGUGUUUGCCCACAGCCCCAUGACAAUAAUGCCCUGCCGUUCUCACCCAGAGUCUGUUUAACCAGAGUGAGAACUGUUUGUCUAACCCCCUGCAGUCCAGAGCAGAACAAACAAACACAAGACAGAGGGGAAAUCCAAUCGAAACAGGCUUAUUGAAUCAGAGGUGACCAGACUCGUGGGGGCUGUGACUGCGCCCGUCUCGCAGGAGACCUGCGUCUGCCGGCCUCAGCCCACCCC